AUGUGCAUUGCACAGGAGGUCGAAGACCGGAUGAAGGAGGUCAAGGACAGCUCGGAGAUCUCGGAGAUGGAGAGCGAUAUCUCGCCGUGCGCCGUAAGCGACGACUUUUCUGCGGACUCGGAGAAGCAGUCUGGUGGCCGACCCCUUUCCAUGUUCAGCCAUGGAGCCGUCCUGCCCACAGCCGUUUGCCUUACCAAGUCUGCUUUUGGCGCAGGACUUUUGACCAUGGCAGGCCACACGGCGGAAGUGGGCAUUGUUUUCCAAACUUUCGCGUUGAUCGGGGGAGCCGUUCUUACCCUGGCCAGCAUUUGCUUUAUCGCUACGGCUUGCAUCGCAACAGACCGCUACAGCUACGAGGACAUGUGCGAUGAAUUGCUCCACCCUGUGAUGGCCCUCUUCACCGGGUUCGUAAACACUCUGGCCUGUGUUGGUUCUGCAAUUGGCUACCUCAUCAUUUGCGGCCAACUCUUUGGCGUGGUCACUGGCGCAUCAGACUCUCACUGUAAGCUGUUCAUCCUGCUCACGGGCGUCUUGGUUUGUGCUCCGUUGGCCAUUGCCAGGCAUGUUAGCUGCUUGCGGCACCUGGCUGCAGGGAGCAUCGCUGCUCUUCUCAUUUUGGUCGCUUGCGUCAUGUGGUACUAUGCCGAGCACGGAUCAGAUGGAGACGAUAUGUUGUUCUCCUCCACGGCCACAGCCGUCACCUACAUGUCAAGCAUGAACAAUGUUGUCUUCGCCUACAACAAUCAGUUCAAUGUGCCCCAACUUACUGGGGAGCUGAAGCCGCCAACGACCAUGCGUAUGCACAUGGCGGCCGUCAUCUGCCUGGUCGUGUGCUUUGGGGUCUACAUCUCGACGUCUGUGUUCGGGGUGCUGGCCUUCGGCAUUGGAGAUCAGCAGAAACAGUCCCUGGUGAACUCCCUGAAGCCCGUUGGACGCAACCCGUUUGUGCUGGUGACCAUGGUGGGCCUGAUCUUCAGCCUGCUCACAUGCUUCCAGUUCCAUGUCUACCCGGUGCGUCAGUUCGCUGCCUAUUUGGUGCGACGCGUCCGCAAGCGCGACGCCGAUACCGAGGAGGAGGACAAGGUCAUCUGGGGCAAAACGGUGACUAGGUGGUUCGAUAUCUUCUUCGCUCUCUUCAGCGUGGCCGUGAUAACCUACGUUGCCUUCAUUGUGCCGCCCAUCUGGCUUCUCACAAUCCGACGCCGCUCGCCGAGCUUCCGCUGGUGCAAGGUGGAGACCCAGCUCUGUUUGCUGGUGCUCUCCUUGGGCAUCUGCCUCUUUGCAUUCGGCAUCUAUACAGCGGUGUCGUCCGUGUAA